UCCACAGAACCUCCCACAACAGCAACCACCACUUCCACAGAACCUCCCACAACAGCCACCAUCACUUCCACAGAACCCACAACCAUCACAACCACCAUAUUUUCCACAGAAUCUCCCACAACAAUAGCCACCACCACUUCCACAGACCCAACUACUACAACCAUCACCAGCAGCAUUUCCACAGAACCAACCAUCACUACAACUGAAGCCACCACCUCCUUAACACUACCUACCACUUCAACAGACCUCACUACCACAACAUCAGCAGCAACCCCCUCAGCGUCUACCACCAUUCAAAUUACCACUAACUCUCCCUCUACCCCAUUACCCAGUACCACUAUUCAAGUGACAACUCCCAAUCACACUACAUUAAGCACUACAGCAGUUAUCAAAGCAGCUAUAAAGCGUUUUUUUGAGAAUAUUGCUUCCUAUUUUGGUUGAAGAUAUGAGAAAUGUUCUGAGCUGUUAGGAAAAAUAAACUGCAGCUACUUCAUUGGAAUCAACCCUGGUCUAACCAGCACACCAAAAUAAUAAAGUACUAUUUGAGCAACAAUAA